AUGAGCGACGCGGUGCAGCGGACGCUGAGCGCCUUGCCCGGCUGGCUGGGGCAGGCCGAGCCGGGGGCCGGGCCGGGCGGAGGCGGCGGCCCGGCCACCUCGAGGCUGGGCGGCCUCAUCCGGAGCAUCACCGCCCUCACCUCCAAGCAUGAGGAAGAAAAAUUAAUCCAGCAGGAAAUAAGCAGCUUGAAAGCAACAGUUUCUGCACCCUCGACUACCCUGAGGCUGAUGAAGGAAUGCAUGGUGAGGCUUAUUUAUUGCGAGAUGCUGGGCUACGAGGCCUCGUUUGGAUACAUCCAUGCGAUCAAGCUAGCCCAACAAGGAAACCUCUUUGAAAAAAGAGUCGGCUACUUGGCAGUUUCUUUAUUUCUUCAUGAGAAUCACGAGCUGUUGCUUUUGCUUGUGAACACCGUAGUGAAGGAUUUGCAGAGCACUAACCUAAUGGAAGUAUGUAUGGCCCUUACUGUGGCAAGUCAAAUAUUUCCACGGGAAAUGAUUCCUGCUGUCCUUCCGCUAGUAGAAGACAAGCUCCAGCAUUCAAAGGAAAUCAUUAGAAGGAAAGCAGUGCACACACUGUACAAGUUCUACCUGAUUGCUCCCAACCAAGUCCAGCACAUCCAUGACAAAUUCCGAAAAGCACUUUGCGACAGGGAUGUGGGAGUUAUGGCUGCCUCAUUGCACAUUUAUCUCCAGAUGGUAAAGGAGAACUCGUCUGAAUACAAAGACCUGACAAGCAGUUUCAUAACUAUUCUGAAGCAGGUGGUGGGAGGAAAGCUCCCCAUAGACUUCAAUUAUCACAGCGUUCCCGCACCUUGGUUACAAAUUCAGCUUUUAAGAAUACUGGGAUUGCUUGGAAAAGACGAUCUGAGAACCAGUGAGUUAAUGUAUGAUGUUUUGGAUGAGUCUUUAAGGAGAGCAGAGAUAAAUCACAACAUUACAUAUGCAAUCUUGUUUGAAUGUGUCCACACAAUUUACACAAUAUACCCUAAAUCUGAUCUACUUGAGAAGGCAGCCAAAUGUAUUGGAAAAUUUGUCCUGUCUCCAAAAAUUAACUUGAAAUAUUUGGGGUUAAAGGCCCUGACAUAUGUUGUUCAGCAGGAUCCUAGCCUCGCACUGCAGCACCAGAUGACGAUCAUUGAAUGCCUGGAUCAUCCUGACCCCAUUAUUAAAAGAGAGACUUUGGAACUUCUAUAUAGGAUUACAAACGGGCAGAACGUCACCGUCAUCGUUCAGAAGAUGCUUGACUACUUGAUGCAAAGCAAGGAGGAAUAUACCAUCGUCAACGUCGUUGGCAAAAUAGCAGAAUUAGCUGAAAAGUAUGCUCCUGACAACAAAUGGUUCAUUCACACGAUGAAUGCAGUGUUUUCCGUAGGAGGGGAUAAAAUGCACCCAGACAUCCCAAAUAGCUUCCUUAGACUCCUUGCUGAAGGAUUUGCAGAUGAAAAGGAAGAUGGCCAGCUACGGCUCCAAGCGGUCCAGUCUUACCUUGUGCUGCUACAGGACGAGAAGGCGGUUUACCCGCAGAAAUUCCUUCAAGUGAUGAGUUGGGUGCUGGGGGAAUAUUCUCACCUUAUGAAGAAUGUUGACCCAGAAGUUGUCUUGGCAGAUUUGCAUAGGAUACUCAAGAGAAACGCAGCCGCUGAAACCAAAGCCUGGAUUAUGUCCGCGGUCACUAAAAUAGCCUCUCGUGCCACGUAUUCUAAAACAGUCGAUAAACUGAUAAUGGACUUCGGUACCUCCCUGGACACCUGCAUGAGGCAAUAUGUUUAUGAGCUGAAACACCUAUGUGAAGACAGGGAAUCGAUGAAAAAAUUGUUUCCUGCGGGUGCUAGCUGCGAGGAUAUCGUGGUGGAUGCUUCCUUGUCUUUCUUAGAUGGGUUUGUAGCUGAAGGACUCGGGCGUGGUGCAGCACCUUAUAAACCUCGUCACCAAAGACAGGAGGAGCAGCUGUCUCAGCAAAAAGCUUUGAAUUUUGAGCCUUAUGGAUCGUCCCUUUCCCAAAGCUUCUCAACAUCUGGCUUUCCUGGCAGACAGUCUCCAACCGGAAUUUCUCUGGGUUCUGAUGUUUCUGGUAAUAGCGCUGAGAUGGGACAGAAGGAGACCAACAGUUUGAAGCUGGAAGGCGUGAAGAAACUAUGGGGAAAAGAAGGCUACCUCCCCAAAAAGGAAAGCCUGGUGGAAAAAGAAGACAGUUUAAAGCCCCCCAUAGAGAGCAGUCUUCCUGCGGAGCAUCCCGCCGGAAACUUCGCCUUGCACUCUGAGCGGGAAAUUACCAGCCUCUCUGAGGAGGAGAAGGAGAAGCAGCAGCUUGCCUCGACGCUCUUUGUUGGCCUGGGAACGCAGGGCAGCGUCAGCCUGAUGGGCAAAGGAGAUCCUACGGCGCAGAAAUUCAAAAGGAAACCUAAAAUGGGUGAAGCGCCAAAUAGCGAGGAAUCGUUCAGUGUCCAGAGCAGGGCCUGCCCAGACCUCACUCCUUUGCCCGACGCGUUGUCUAGGAACAGAAAGCCCUUCCAAAAAAACGGGCACCUAAGAUUCCGGAAAGCUUCGCUGAAUUCCUCCGAAGCUCCAGAGUCGAAGGCGGCGUUGGACAGGUCCCAUUCUCUGCCAGAAGCUGGGCUGGGGGAAAAGCUUCAGGGUCGCAGGUUCUCGCCUUCAUCUUUGUUUGCAGACGGCGACCUGGAAAUUUUUCAGCCUUCUCCCAGUGCUCUGCCUGUAGUCAAAAGGCCACUCUCUCUGACGCCUUGCGUACCAGAAGAAGUAGCCAGAUGUCCUCAUUCGGAGGCCCUAGAACUCUGUGGCGAUGAAACCCUUGUGUUGUACGUGUGUAAAGUAUGGAAAGAAGACAGCCUCGUACUUUUCAUAUUUCUUGCCAACAAAAGCACCUCUACGCUUAAAGCUGUAAAGCUGGAAUUUGAACACUCCAAACAUUUUAAGAUCUUUGAAAAUCUUGGCUGCCAUUUUGCAGAAAUAGAAGCUCAAAGCAUAGAAAGCUCCCAGAAGUGCGUAACGAUGGAGGAGCCGUGCUCAGAGGGGAUGCUGUCUGGGUCUCUCGGUUACCAUCUAGAGUCAGAGAUGUGCCUCAGGUUUUCAGUAACUUUAGCGCUGUUGGAUUUUAUUAGGCCAAUGAAAACGACCACUGAAGAAUUUGGAAAACUGUGGCUCUCCUUUUCUAACGAUGUCAAACUAAACCUAAAAAUGACAUCAUCUCAGGGAUCUUUAUCGGCUGUUCUAAACACCUUGCAGCAAAAACUAAAGCUUCACAUUGUGGAUAUCAUAGGUAAUGAGGGAAUAGCAGCAUGCCAGCUGCUUCCGUCGGUCCCCUGUUUACUGCACUGCCGUAUCCAUACCGGGAUGUUGGGCCUGUGGUUCCGGUCACCCUGUCCUGCUCUUCCAGACUGUUUACUUUACCAGUGCCAGAAGGUGAUGGGAGAAUCCUGA